AUGUCCCAUCAAGCUUCCCUGACCAACAAUCUGGACUUGAGGUACUGGAUGCGUCACAGCGUCCCGCCGCUGCUCGCUCUCCUAAGAGCGGCAGGGUCAUACUCGGAUGCUGAUCAAGGCAAACAUAUCCAAUUUCUUUGCGAUUAUGUCCUUCCCAACUUUGGACCUCGCCCAACAGAGGCUUCCCCAAGCAGAUCGCGGUUUACCCAGAGUGGUUUCCCUAUGGAUCUCAGCCUGAACCUAAACGCCGGGAAGCCAAAAGUGAGAUAUUGCUGGGAAUUCUUAGGUCCAAAUGGGCCGGAGGAUAAUGAUAUGUACGCUAUAGGCGCUUUACGAAAAUGCCUGGAAUCUCUCGCCACUGAAUUGGGAUUUAGCACUCAAUGGGCUGAUGCUCUAUUGGAUGCCCUGGCUCCAACGCCUGAAGAAGCAACCACAACCCAGCAAAAUAUUCGACAGUGGCAAGCGAGUCUUUUGCCACCUGGUGUAGAGCCAAAGCCUGGAGCCAGGCUCCCCUUUGCAGCUCUAGCCUUUGGCCUAGAUGGCCCCCGGACGGAUACCAAGUUCUACAUUAGUCCCCAAAUCAAGGAGCUUGGGUCUGCCAAAUCUAUGAAUGAGACUAUAUGGAAUGUUGCACGUCAUUUGGAGCCUCCGAUUAGCCAGAACGCUAUUAGGGCUGUUUCGGAAUUCCUUCUCGAGCGUCCCGGCCCACCCUGUAUGGACAUGCUGUGCGUGGACCUCGUCAAAGAACAGAAUUUACACCGUGCCAGAUUCAAGAUAUACGUCCACACAACUAGCAAUUCAUUCAACACGGUGCGACAGUGUAUAAGCCUAGGCGGCCGACGGCAGGACGAAGCAACUCUCAAGGGCCUAGAGGUUUUAAGAACUAUAUGGCACUUAUUGCUCCAAGAGAAGGAAGAGGUUACAGAUGACAACGAGAAACCAGUCAACGACCCUGCAGAGCUAGUUAUGAAGCUCUUCUUCUGCAUAGAGUUUACUCCUGGCGAAGAUCUCCCAGAUGUCAAGUUACACGUUCCCAUCUUUAACUAUUUAAAGAGCGAUAGGGAAACUAUAGAGAAUCUUGAAAAGGUUUUCCUAAAAUGCGGCCAAGAGUGGGCAGUAAAUGGAAAAUAUAGAGAGGCCUUUGAACUUGCUUUAGAGUUCUAA